AUGGACGACCCGACCUUACUCCUCCACUGGCUCUUCAGCUUCCUGGCCCUCUUCAUCAUGGUGGCCAGGCUGGUCUGGAGAAAGGUCGCCAAGCAGGACCUGAACCUGGGCGACUGGUUCACCGUCGCCGCCAUCGUCUGCGCCCUGACGCGGGUCGGCCUCAUCCACGUCGUGCUCACCUGGGGCACCAACAACGUGUCGGCCGCGUACCGAAAGAAUCACACCUUCACCGACGAGGAGAUCUACAGACGGGAGAUCGGCAGCAAACUUUCCAUUGUGAACCGGGUCUUUUACAACUCCUACCUCUGGUUGCAGAAACUCGUGCUUCUCGAUGUCUACCGCCGGCUGCUGCUGAACCUCCGCUUCGAGAAAGUCACCAUCUGGUCCUUUUGCGCCAUGUUCUUCGGCACAUACGUCGCCUGCCAGGUGACGACGUUCAGCGAAUGCGAUCCCUUCCACUUGUACUGGCAGGUUGUGCCUGACCCGGGCGCGUGCUCCAAGGCCCAGCUUCAGCUCGUCGUCGUCGGCGUGCUCAACAUCGUCACCGACUUCAUGCUGCUCGUGCUGCCGCUGCCGCUCGUCUUCUCGCUCAAGACGCCCUGGCAGCGCAAGGUGCAGCUCUACGCCCUCUUCACGCUCGGCGUCUUCAUCAUCGCCAUCACCGUCAUCCGCCUCCCGAUCAACAUCACCAACAAGGACAGCCAGAUCAACCGGUCGACGUGGGCCAGCACCGAGCUGCUGACGGCCGCCAUCGUCGUCAACGCGCCGACGCUGUACGGCCUGUGGAACAAGCGGCGGCAGACCAAGUCGUCGGCCAACACGUACGGCGUCGGCGGCGGCGGCACGUCGGGCCUGCACUACUACGGCCACGGCACCAACGUGUCGACGGUGCACCGGUCUGCGGCCCGGCGCGACGACUCGGAGGAGGCGUACGCCAUGAACGCACGUCGCAAGAUGGGCCCGAUGGAAGGCAUUAUGCAGACCAAGGAGGUGAUUGUGUCCGAAUUCAGACAGGAGCCGGACCGUAAGGGCGGGCCGUACGAGCAUCUGCCCGACGACGUGGAGAAUGCGUCAAGCCAUUCGAGCCAGCACGGCAUACUGAAGAAGUAA